UUAAUAAUUUAUUCUUUUAACUUUAAAAUGACGAAAAAAAAAAGAUUAAUGUAAGAAUAGUACUCUAUAGGCUAGCACACUCGAUAGUAGUCUUCACCCCCUAAAACAAACCAACUAACUAAUUGGUUCCCUCAUCCCAUCCCCAUAUUCUCAUAAGGUUUACUUUAAAUAACAAGUUUCAAUAAAACAAUCCCAUCACUUCAUUCACUUCUCAAUUUCUCUCUUUCUUUGUUUUUCUUUCAUUUAAAAAAACAAAUCCCAAAACAGAGAACCAAGAUUCAAGAAAUUAAGUCAAGUGUACAACAAAAAUGACCAAUUUCUUUGAUUUGAAUGAGGAUGUAGCAAUUGAAAUCAUGUCAUGGUUGCCUGUGGAGUCUCUGCAAAGAUUCAAACUUGUUUGUAAGAAUUGGUACUAUUCCAUUCAUUCUCUAAUGAAUAACUCAUUUUUUGUACUCAAGCACUAUGCCAAUAUGGACACCAAGCUAUGGUCCUCUAAAGAAAUAUAUCUAAGGAACAUUUCAGCCCUUUCUCCCUAUGGUCCCAUCACCUCUUAUAUUUUCACAAUAUUGGCCAAUAAUGAUCAUGAUCAUCAUGAUGAUGGUUGUAUUCCGAAUUUUCACCCUUUUACACAUUAUUACGGAGUGUCAUACUAUAACGGCAUAAUCUGUAUCAAUACAAUUUACUCUAUUGCUUUAUGCAAUCUUGCUUUGAAGAAAUUGAAGUUUGUUCCACUCUACCGCGACGAAUUUAUUAAUGUGAAAGUAUUAGGGUUCGGAUAUGAUUCCCGAGCUAAUGAUUAUAAAAUCAUCGCGAUCAAGGGCUUUGAUUCUCUCGAAAUAUAUAGCUUGAAUAGUAAUUCUUGGAAACUAAUUCAAGAUUCCAGAAUUGAUCAAGUUCUCCCUCAAUUUGGUUUCCAAGUUGUGAACUUAAAGAAAUUUUGUUAUUGUUAUUGUUGGUGUAAGAAGUUAUGUGGGCUCCUCAUUAUUUCUACUCAAAUUGAAAAUGAAGAAAUUGAAAUCAUAAGGGUGCCUGAAAACCAUGACAAUUGGCUCAAACAUUGUGAAGAUAGAGACAUUGGAGAAUGGACAAGAAUUGUAACUUGGAAUGAAGAGAUUGCUUUGUUUUUCUUUGCUAAAUCGAAUCCAACAAUCAUUGAUAUGUGGGUUCUGAUGAGAAAGAGAAAUGGUGAUCAUAAUUAUUAUUGUUGGACCAAAUUUAUAACAUUGGGACCUUUUGAAGGUAUUAGAAGGCCAUUGACACUUUGGAAAGAUCAAGUGUUGUAUAUGAGUUCAGAAGAUGACAUAAUUUUUGUGUACAAAUUUGGUAUCAAUUCCUCUUAUUGUUGCACUCAUUUUAGGGGUGGUCAAUAUUUUGUUCCUUAUGUUAAGAGUUUGACUUCGGUAAUCAAAAGAGCAUAAAUAAAUUGGAAGCAACAAAUUUCAACAGAAGAGUCACUUGUCAUAGUCUACAUGAGAGUUUCAUUUCAUGUAUAUAAAGGAGAAAGAUCUAUCUUUUUUCUUAUCUUUUUUGGUUCUUUGGUAUAUUUAGGGUAGAAGAAAGGUUAUUAAUCUUGAACUUUUAAAGUAUCUUUUGUUUUGUUAAAUCUAUAAUCUCAAGUUUGUCUACUUGAAGGGUUAUGUCUUAGUCAAUUGUCCAUGUUUUUUCUUUUCUCCUUUUUGGUUCUUUGGUGUAUUUAGUUUUGUUAUAUGUAAUGCUUAAUUGUUAACAUGUUUGCAAUGCAUUGAAGGACACCAUGUUUUACAUCUA